CAACUCCCACCGGGUUGGCCUCCGCAGCUGCGGGGCCCCUCAUUCGGGGCUCCCUGGGUCCCUUGCAAUGAAGAUAUUCAAAUGUUGUUUUAAAUACACCGUACAACAGAAAGUUUUCAUCCUGUUUUUAACCCUAUGGCUGUUCUCCUUAUUAAAGCUUCUAAAUGUGAGAAGACUCCUCUUCCCUCAAAGAAGCAUUUACUUAGUUGAGUACUCCUUAAGUACUUCACCUUUUGUAAGGAAUAGAUACACCCAUGUUAAGGAUGAAAUCAGGUAUGAAGUCAACUGUUCAGGUAUCUAUGAACAGGAGCCUUUGGAAAUUGGCAAGAGUCUGGAAAUAAGAAGGCAAGACAUCAUCGACUUGGAGGAUGAUGAUGUUGUGGCAUUGACCAGCGACUGUGACAUCUAUCAGACUCUGAGAAGGUACCAUCAGAAGCUAGUUUCGAAGGAGGAGAAGGGCUUCCCAAUAGCUUAUUCUUUGGUUGUCCACAAAGAUGCAAUUAUGGUUGAAAGGCUUAUCCAUGCUAUAUAUAAUCAGCAUAAUAUUUACUGCAUCCAUUAUGACCUUAAGUCAACUAACACCUUCAAAGUAGCCAUGAACAAUUUAGCUAAGUGCUUCUCCAAUAUUUUCAUUGCUUCCAAAUUAGAGGCUGUGGAAUAUGCCCACAUUUCCAGACUCCAAGCCGACUUAAACUGCUUAUCAGACCUUCUCAAGUCUUCGGUUCAAUGGAAAUAUGUCAUCAACUUGUGUGGGCAAGAUUUUCCCCUGAAGUCAAAUUUCGAAUUAGUGUCAGAGUUGAAGAAACUCAAUGGAGCCAAUAUGUUAGAGACGGUGAAACCCCCUAACAGUAAAAUGGGAAGAUUCAUGUAUCACCAUGAGCUCCGUCAGGUGCCUUAUGAAUAUGUGAAGCUACCAAUAAGGACGAACAUCUCCAAGGAAGCACCCCCUCAUAACAUUGAGAUAUUUGUUGGCAGUGCCUAUUUUGUUUUAAGUCAAGCAUUUGUUAAAUAUAUUUUCAACAACUCCCUCAUUAAAGACUUUUUUGCCUGGUCUAAAGAUACCUAUUCUCCUGAUGAGCACUUUUGGGCUACCUUAAUUCGGCUACCAGGGAUACCUGGAGAGAUUUCCAGAUCAGCCCAGGAUGUGUCUGACCUGCAGAGCAAGACCCGCCUUGUUAAGUGGAAUUAUUAUGAAGGGUUUUUCUAUCCCAGUUGUACUGGCUCCCACCUUCGCAGUGUGUGUAUUUAUGGAGCUGCAGAAUUAAGGUGGCUUAUAAAAGAUGGACAUUGGUUUGCUAAUAAGUUUGAUUCUAAGGUGGACCCUGUCUUGAUUAAAUGCUUGGCAGAAAAGCUUGAAGAACAACAGAGGGAAGGGAUGACUUUGUCUUCGGAAAAGUUAUUUAUGGAUAAAAAGCCCACAAUCAUAUCAACAUAGUAAAACCAAGAUAAGAGGAGUUAUUGGAGUUAAUAUGGAGUGAUAUACCAUGCCAAGCCCAACGACAUUGGAACUUAAUCUUAUCAGAGUUUGAAAGUCACCUAAAGUUCCAUGCACUAUAAGGAAAGCCACCUAGACUUUGAUCACAUGAGUUGAAGUUGAUUUUUUUUUUAAUGUUUGUUUUUGCUUGUAAUCUCACUGAGCUAAAUCAGAGAGCUUAAGCAUUCAGACAGUCAUCAAAUAUUUACUGAGCACCCAACUCUGCAUCAGGUACAUUUUUUUAGAAAACAUUAAGGAAUUAAAUCCAAGUUGUAAUGAGUUGCACAAUGCCCUCAGGAAGCAAUGGCCUACUCUCAUCUCACGGCAACUUCAGUAUCUUCAUGUUCUCCCAUAACAAGGAUUCCACUGAAGAAGCUGCUGGAGUAUGUGACAAUCACAUAAACCACCCAUUUCAGGAGAGUGUAUAAGCACAGUGACCAGCAUCUGUUUGUCUCUUAGUUCAGAUCCCUAAAUGUUUCUUAACCAUUCGAAUAUUAGGAGGAGAGAUUCCACUACCUCAGAGACACUCAAAGAAUCGUCUGAUUGCUUGCUUGCCAAAGCAUAAUUUACCUUUUGGUGCCUCAUGCGUUUAAUUCAGGGCUGAGGGGACUCUGUUGGUCUGACAUUUUUAGAGUAUGAAUGCCAGGGAAGAGGGUGGGGUGGGAGGUAGGGGAACUGGGUCAGGUGGUGCCUGAAGAGGAACCAAAAAAAAGGGUUAUUCAACUUUUGUAUCAUGUUACACAAUGGCGUCAUGAAUGACUUCCUUUCCAGUUCAACUGUUUCUCCAAACACAUUUGCUGAUGAAAAAAUAAGAACUGAUUAACAGUUCAAAGUGUCACACACCAGGACCUUAAACCUACAUCUUCCACUUCCUAGGUUAUCCUGAUAGGUAAGCUCCUUUACAAUGGAAUGCUUCCAAUGGAAUUUGUACAAUUUUGUUUAAUGGAACUCUCAAAUCACUACAUUUUUCUUGAAAACAUUAACAUGGAAUAUGACAGUUUUCUAAAUUAACUAUUAUGGUCAUUUAGAAUUUUUUUCUUCAACUGUUAAAGUGGAAUGAUAAUGAAAUUUAAAAAUUAUAAAAGCUCUAAGUUCAUUUCAGUUUUCCUCUGAACUUAGAUCCAAAGCAAAAAAAAAAAAAAAAAAAAAGCUAAUUUUCCUAAGGGCAGGAAUAUUUAUUAAUGCUGUUUUGUGAAGCCCACAUCUGACAGAACUACUGUAUAGAUAUAGUAAUUGUAAGUGCUGGAACAGGGUCCUGAGACCAGGCUGUAACAUUUUCACCUGUCUCUUGGAAAACUGUGAACCCAGGUAAAAUUUUUUUUUUAAUUUUUAUGUUUUGAUGUCAGCCCCACUAACAAAGAUGUAUUGUUAGUUGAAUCCAAAAUAAGAAUGUUUAGGAAAUUGAAGUGUUAAAUUUUUUUUUUAGAUUUCCAAAUUCUACAUGUAAAAUGCACUUAAAAAGUUCGUAACACUAAUUGCCAAGUGGCAUCAUUUGUCUCUCCCUUUCUAUUUUUUCUUUAAUGCAUUUUUCUACUGUGUGUUUAUGUGUGUGAGACUUUCAGAUUGCUUUAUUCUUCAGAAAACAACCAUUUCCAAGCCCCUACUCUUAAAAAUCUCUUACCGUUUUAGAGAGCUAAAUUCUGCAGAGGACCUGCACCAGUCAGUUAGUGGGCGAGACCCUGGACAAGAGGAGUCACUUUGAUCUCCCUGAGCCUCAGUCCUCCUGGUGUUUGCAUUGAGCACUUGGACAUUUCUCCGGGCUUCCUCACAAGGCCUUUGCGAGAAUCAACUGAAAUAGUAUCUGAAGUGGUUUGAAAAUGGGGACGAAUUUUGAAGUAUCAGAGAGUGCUAAUAGUGUAAAGCAAACCAUAGGUCCAACCUCAUUGGGAGAUCUGAACAUUUACCUUUUCUGAAAAAAUCUUUGAAAUAUAAAAAAAGGAGGCCAUCAUUGCAGGGACAGCUUCUGUCAUCAAAUCCAGAGCUGUGAAAAGCCUUGUCACCAUGUUUGAGAGUUCUGGUGAAGACAAUAGGAUUAGCAAAUUGGUCCAGUGGCAUAGAUUGGACGAAGAGGUAGAAAUAUUUUUCCUACCAUCCAGGAUUAAAUAUAUGAGGCCCUGUUGAGAUCUUGGUUUUUAUGCCUGUGAUCAUCAAAAUAGGUACAAAUGCUGACAAAUCAAUGUCAACCUCGUAGGCCAGUGUCCUGCCCUAUUCCCUGUUUUUUGGGAAAUGUCCCAAGUGGCUCAUCACUCUAAGGCUGUAUUCUAAAGGACUGUGGAAAGAUGAGGAGGCAGUGCCUUCUUUUCCCUUUGACACAUUUCUCUGGACUUGGUUCCUAACGUUUCAGGGAGCUUGUGGCCUCACACUCUUGCCUUGGGGAUCCUGCAGAUUCCUUGUAUGCCUUCCAACCUGAUUCUUCCCUAAAACCUCUGGGUAUGCUUCUCUUCCUGGUCUGGGAAUGUUCUGCAGCCUGCGUUUUAUAAUUAUUCUUUGUAAAGUAUUUAUUGACUCUAGACUCUUAAGUUACUUAGAGAUGAGACUAAGAACUUGGAGUCAUAAAUUAUAGGUGGGUAUUAGAUAAUAUUAAUAAUGAAAAAGCUACCGAAAUAUAUCUAUAUUAUGUGAAUAAUCUACUGUAAUAUGUGUACUUCAAAACCAGUGUUGCUGCUAUUUUAAAUGUUUUACUUAUUUUAAAUGAAAAAAAAAAAAAAAAUAUAUAUAUAUAUAUAUAUAUAUAAAUUUUGAAGAUUUCUCUUGCCUUCCAGAAUGUAAAGAUAUACUUACCUAUUCAUUUUUUGACAUAGCUCAUGGGGAAUAAAAAUGACAAUCUGUUUAGGGAAUAUAAAGUGAUUGUAUCCUUAUGUAUGUUACAACUGCUUUUUUGUGUGUGUAUGAUGAAAUAAGAGUUUUGAUUUUUAAAUUUUUUUU